CUGGCUGCAGAGCUUAUGUCGGAUCAGAUACCGGGGGUGGGGUCUGUCCUCCGUGUAUCCUCGAAAAUCCUUACGGGCCUUUCACGAGAGGCAUUCGGAGAUUUGGCGCAUUUGCUGCGUCCCUCUCACCUGCAGCAACUGAGGAGCAUUCUGGAAGACAAGGAGAGUAGCCCUAACGAUCGGGUAGUCGCUCUAGAGCUGCUGAAGAAUGCAUGCAUUGCAGCCGGCAGGAUCCUUCCAGGCUGCCAAGACACGGGAACGGCGAUUGUUGUCGGCAAGAAGGGUCAGUUCGUCUUUACAGACGGCGAGGACGAAGAAGCGCUUUCCAAGGGAGCUUACCUCGCAUAUACGACAGACAACCUUCGCUACAGUCAGAUGGCUCCGCUGGACAUGUAUACAGAGCAGAACACAAAAUGCAACCUUCCGGCUCAAAUAGACAUUUCAGCGGUAGCUGGAAGUUCGUAUGAGUUUCUCUUCAUCGCAAAAGGCGGUGGCAGCGCCAACAAGACCUUUCUCUUUCAGCAAACCAAGGGUCUUUUGACCCCAGAGAAGCUUUUGGGCUUUCUAGACGAAAAGAUUCGCAGCAUCGGCACCUCGGCGUGUCCUCCUUACCAUUUGGCCAUCGUGAUUGGGGGCUUGUCUGCCGAGCAGACGUUGAAGACAGUAAAGCUGGCGUCUUGUCGCUACUUGGAUACUCUCCCUACGAGCGGCGACAUCCACGGGAGGGCUUUCAGGGAUUUGGAGAUGGAGAAAACUGUUUUGCAGAUGACCAGAGAAAUGGGCAUUGGUGCUCAAUUCGGAGGGAAGUACUUUUGCCACGAUGUUCGGGUAGUUCGACUGCCGCGGCACGGGGCAUCGCUGCCCGUUGGCAUUGGCGUGUCGUGCUCUGCAGAUCGGCAAGUACUUGGCCUUAUCAAUGAAGAGGGAGUCUUCCUGGAGGAGCUAGAGUCGAACCCCACAAAGUUUCUUCCAACGGUAACAGAUGCGGACUUGGGCAUAUCGGAGCCGGUGCGGCUUAGCCUUGACCAGCCAAUGCCCGAGCUGCUCAAGGCCCUGAAGCAGCUGCCAUGCAAAACUCGGCUUUCCUUGUCGGGAACGCUGAUCGUCGCGAGGGAUAUAGCUCACGCGAAGCUGCUGGAAAGGCUCAACAAGGAAGGAGACCUCCCCGACUACAUUAAACAGCAUCCCAUUUACUAUGCCGGGCCUGCGAAGACGCCUGAAGGCAAGGUGAGCGGCAGCUUCGGCCCGACAACAGCGGGCCGUAUGGAUCCUUACGUGCCUACUUUCAUGAGCAAGGGGGGCUCUAUGGUGACGCUCGCGAAGGGAAACAGAUCGGCGGCAGUCGCGGAAGCCUGCAAAACGUACGGUGGCGCCUACUUGGGCUCUAUAGGAGGCCCCGCUGCCAUUCUCGCGGAGAACUGUAUCAAGCAUGUGGAGGUUCUUGAGUACCCCGAACUUGGCAUGGAAGCUAUUUGGAAAAUUCGCGUUGAGGAUUUCCCGGCUUUCGUUGUCAUCGACACCAACGGAAAUGAUUUUUACAGGUCGUGGAUGCCAUGA